AUGAUCUUCGGUUGCUCCACCGAUAACCAAAACUUCCGGUUCGGAGAGACCAAUCCCAUUAGCGGUGUCAUGGGGUUGAGCAUGUCACCUGAGUCGCUCAUUAGCCAACUGAUCAAUAUCAUCGACAAGCACUUCGGCAGUGAUGUUCAUAUCCCACCGGGGUCUGAUGUAUCCAGCACACCCUUCAUAUCGCCGCCGCUAUCUAAUUACUACUAUUUGGAUUUGUUAGACAUUGUCGUUGGAUCUCAUAGGAUGGCAUUUCCGAUAGACACAUUUCAGGUUGAUAAAGAUGGAAAUGGCGGUUUCAUCAUCGAUUCCGGAGCAUCCAUUACUCUGCUGAGUAAGAAUGCUCGAGGCACUGAUACUUACACCGCGGUGUUGGAGGUCUUUCAGAAAUUUUACGACGCUCACGGGCUUCGAAGGGUGCAUGACAGGCCGUACAAGUUCGAUCUGUGUUAUACGGUUGGUCGUGGUUUUAGUGAAUACCAAAGCUUGAAUUACCGUUUGAGUCCAAGAACUGAUUUCUUUGUAGAGGGAAGAGAUGUGCAUUAUUUUGAUCCCAGUGGGUUUUUCUGUGUGGCAAUAUUACCAACUGAGGGUUCAAGAUCGGUUUUAGGAGCUUGGCAUCAGCAGAAUAAGAGGAUUGUCUAUGAUCUCUACAAUUUGGCACUGAAUUAUACUUAUGAUUCUUGCUUAAUUAGCUAA